AUGGAGCAGAGAGUGGUUCUGAUCACGGGAUGUUCUUCAGGCAUUGGACUCAGCUUGGCGGUCCAUUUGGCAUCGGAUCCAUCCAAAACCUACAAAGUCUACGCCACUAUGCGUAAUCUGGAGAAGAAGCUGCGUCUGCUGGAGAGUGUGAGGGGACUUCAUGAAGACACUCUGGCCAUCCUACAGAUGGAUGUGACUGAUCAGCAGUCCGUACUCACAGCCAAAGCCAACAUAACAGAGGGUAGAGUGGACAUACUUGUGUGUAAUGCAGGUGUGGGACUUGUUGGUCCCCUGGACACCCAGUCUAUAGACAGCAUGAGAAAGGUACUGGACGUCAAUGUACUGGGCACCAUCCGCACCAUUCAGACUUUCCUUCCAGACAUGAAGAGCAGGCGUCACGGGAGAAUCCUGGUUACUGGAAGCAUGGGAGGACUACAAGGUCUGCCAUUUAAUGAAGUCUACUGUGCCAGCAAAUUUGCAGUGGAGGGCGCCUGUGAGAGCUUGGCCAUUUUGCUGCAAAAUUUCAAUAUCCACGUGAGCCUGAUCGAGUGCGGCCCGGUCAACACAGAUUUCCUCAUGAACCUGCAGAAGACAGAGCUCGGGGACGAGGCUCUGCAGAAAGUCGACGCCCACACGCGUGACCUCUACGAGACGUACCUGCGGCACUGCGAAUCAGUGUUCCAGAACAUGGCACAGGACACUGAUGACAUCAUCCAGGUGUUUUUAGAGGCAAUCCAGGCACAGUCUCCUGUGCUUAGAUACUACACAAACAGUGCUCUGGUCCCACUGAGCAGCCUCAAGCUAACGGCACCUGACGGCUCAGCCUACGUCAGAGCCAUGAACAAACACAUCUUCUCAGCCACCCACACAAAGGACUAG